UGCUGAAGGUUUUGGAACCUCCACUGAAGUAAUCAGUGACAAUAACAGGAAGUGUCCAGAGGAGCGGCUCGUUUUGCUGACCGCUGGACUGAACUGGACUCAGAGCUCGUGCAGGUUCACGCUGAGCUGAGCUGAGCUGAGCUGAGCUGGGAGAGCAGCUGGAGUUUAAACUGACUGAUAUUUUUCUCUCUGGAUUAAAACAGAAACCAGCUCAGCUGGAGGAGCUUCGUCAGAGGAUGAUCCACCCUGUCUGGAGGCAGAUGGCCUUGACUUUACUUUGGGCAGGUUUCCUGGGCCUGCAGUUCAUCCUCAGUGAGGCUGAAGAUGUUAAGGAUGUCCACCACAGUCCGGUUCUUCACAGACAAAAGCGAGAAUGGAGGUUUAACAUAUUGCUUGCUUUUGAGGAAAUACCACCCCAAAAUCUUCCACAGCUAAUCGGACAGCUAUUAAACACCCGUGCAGGCGCCAAUACUCAGUUUAAAAUCUCUGGAGAAGGAGUGGAUGGAGUGAAUGACCUCUUUACUGUGAAUAAGGCUGGAGAGAUCUUUGUUAUGGCCACUCUGGAUCGAGAGAAGAAAAGCUCCUACAAACUGAAAGCUCACAUCUUUAACACCAUCACCAAACGGCCCCUGGAUGACGACAUAGAAUUCACUGUAAAGGUACAAGACGUUAACGACCACGCGCCAGUCUUCUCUGAGACCUACACUGGAUCCAUCAGGGAGCGCUCACGCCAAGGAGCUGCAGUGCUGACUGUUACAGCCACCGAUGCAGAUGAUCCAACAUCUCCCAACGGAAACAUCAACUAUGAGUUGUUAAAUGGAACAGAAUAUUUCAGCAUUAAGAGUACCACAGGUGAAAUCACGGUUCAGGAUAACAAACUGGACCGUGAGACUCAAAGUCAGUAUAAACUGGUUGUCAAGGCCUCAGACUUACCUGGUUUACCUGGAGGACUCAGUACAACCACCACAGUGACCAUUAAUAUAAACGAUAUCAAUGACAACAUGGCAACCUUCAAAAAAGAAACCUUCAGCUUUAGCGUGAGAGAGAACGAGAAUCCACAGUUUACAGUCGGCACGUUACCUGUGGAGGACCGAGACGAGAAGCAGCACAAAAACCCCAGAUUUACUGUGCAGAACUUUAAUGACGUCUUCUACGUGGAACCGGAUGACCAAAAUGACGGAGCUCUGAAACUCAGAAAGAGCCUGGACUAUGAGACCACUUCAACGUACAGCUUUAAAGUGGUGGUCACAGAAGACGGCGUGGCUCAGCCUCCAGAUAAUCAGGGAUCCAUGCUGACCACUGUCCAAGUGCACAUCACUGUGAUUGAUGUUGAUGAACCGCCGGUCUUCAGCAAGGCGGAGUACACCUUUGACGUCCAAGAGGGCCCGAUUAGAAAUAAAGUCAUCGGCUCCGUCUCAGCCAGAGACCCAGACAAGGCCAACUACAGGAUGAAGUACUCCAUCAGGGGGCUCAACUGUCCAUUGGAAAUAGACGAGAAUACAGGUCAGCUUGCCCUGAAGAAAGAACUGGACCGAGAAACAGAGGCCACACACCUGUGUGAUGUCACAGCACAGGAAAUAUCUCCAAGCGGACUAAAAGGGUAUACGAUUGUCAAGAUAAAGGUUCUGGACAUCAACGACAAUCAGCCGGAACUGACCAAUACGAGCACCAUUUACAUCUGUGAUAACGAUAAAAAUGGAACGAUCAUUGGAACGAUCGGGGCCACCGACAAGGAUGAAAACCCUGGACCGUUCCGGUUCAUUCUGGCAAAAAGGAGCUCCAACUUCUCCCUCCAUGACAACCUAAACAACACUGCCACCAUCGUGUUGACCCAUCGAGACCUUAGCAUGGACACCAUAAAAGAAAACUUUCUGGAGAUUGAAAUCUCAGACGGACAUCAGAAGAGCAUCAACAAGUUAGACAUCCGAGUGUGCACGUGUCGGAAGGACCGUCAGAUUGAGUACUGUAAGGCCUACACCCAAACCGGGGUCAGCAUCAGCGCCCUCAUCGCCAUCCUGCUCUGCAUCGUCACCAUCCUGGUGAUCGUGAUCCUGUUUGUGUUGAGGAAACGUUAUCAGAAGGAGAACCUGGUCACUCUGGGGAAACCGGCCGGGGAGAUUCACGAGCAGCUGGUGACCUACGACGAGGAGGGCGGCGGAGAGAUGGACACCAACGGCUACGAUGUUAGCAUCCUGUCUUCGGCCUGCCACGGCAGCAGCCUGCGGCCGACCCCGGCACCGGCCGUGUACGCCGUGGCUAAGAAGCCUCCGGCCUGCAAAGGGGACAUGGCCAUGAUGAUCGAAGUGAAGAAGGACGAAGCAGAUCACGACCGCGACGGGAUUCCCUACGACACUUUGCACAUCUACGGCUACGAAGGCACAGAGUCCCUGGCCGGAUCUCUGAGCUCUCUGGAUUCGUCAUCAGUUGCGUCCAACCUGGAUUACGACUUCCUGAGUGACUGGGGGCCACGUUUUAGGACCCUCGCUCAACUUUACGGAGUGGACGGGUCCGAUUCGGACAGCUCGUACUGAUCUGGGAACAGCAGAAACACCGUCUUAAGGCUAAACGUCAUCAGUUCCUUCAGGAUAAACCACAGUAGGAAGGCUCGGAUGGCGGAAUUGGGUUCUUCUGCUUGUUUUUUCCUUUGCCGGCAUCCGUUUGCCAGAGUUUGUCCUGCUCGUUUAUGAUUAGAGCAGCAGCACCACUGCAGUAUAGAGUUUAUAUUGAGUGUUAAAUGAAGGUGCUGUAUGGAUAGGGGUUCAAAACAGCUCAAAAAAGUCCAUUUUCGUAGCACUGUCUCUGAAAUUAUACCUUUUAUUUGAUCAUAUCUGUGUUUAAAAAGGUUAAAAAGCCACACCAACAAUUUUCACAUAGGAAAAUAUAAAUAUUAACCCAUUAAUGUCCAUAUCUGAAAUGUUAAAUAUCCUCAGGUCCAUUUGUUUGAGCUUGCCUGAGCACAGAUCUCAAGAAAUUCUUCAAAUCAAUCAAGCUAAAUGGCUUAAAAGUCAACUUUUUUUAUUUAACAUUAAAUUUAGUCUUUUGGUCACUGAUUUUUAACAAAACAAUACAAAUUUGAUUGUGAACAGAAGUAUGAACAUUAUAUGUGAUCAGAAAAAAUAAAAUUAUUACUGUUAGAUGUUCACUCAAGUAUAACUAUAUAUAUACCAAUCAGAGCAAAGAUUUUUCAUAUUAUCGUAGUUGUUGGACAUAUAAAAGUGGGUAAUGUAAAUAAAAUAAGUAAUUAAUUUAAAUGUUACUUAUAAUAUAACAAUAUAAAUUUCAAUAUUAGUUAAACAACAUUGAAACCAAUCAACAUAUAAUGAGGUGAAAUUUAUCAUUUCUGUCCAUUAUUUUUUAUUGUGUGGUCCAAAAGUGUGAGAGCACUAAAACACAAUCUUUGAAAUUUUAAACUGAAUUUCAGAAUUUCGUAGUAUUUGGUGGUGUGUCCCUCAUGCGUUAACUCCAAAAGUGUGUGUAAAAUCCACCUGAGAGGCGUCUGAAAUCGAGCUUCACUGGAAGAGAUCAGACUAAAAAACAAAUCUGACCUUUUUGUUCAAACACCUUAAUGUAUGAUGAUGUCACAAAUCUGUUUAAAGGGCCCAUAUCAUGGAAAACUGAAUUACAACAAACGCUCAAGACGCACCGUUCACUCCUCAGUCCAUACAAUCCAUACAGUCCAUGUAUGGAAACUAAACUGCAAAAACAACAUUCACUGUUUCUGUGAUGUCACAAGAACCAGCUCAUUUACAUAUAUAUCCACCUAUUCAGCCUACAGCACUUUAGCCCCGCCUACUCACACUGAAGUUCUAGGGAGUGUUUCAGCUCUGAGCGCUUGUUAAAUGAGACACAAUGCAAGGCAGCCAAUCAGAACAGAGCUCAUUUACAUGUAUCAGUCUUAAAGGCACAGUAACAAAAUCAACCUGUUUAAUUCUAAAAAAUAAAUCGUCGCUGUCCAGU